GCGGGCGCCGCUUCUUUCCUGGUGGCUUCAAUUGUGUUAGGCGCGCUUCGGUCGCUGCCUUCCCCGCACCUUAAAUUCAACGGAAACUCAUCCGUUCCGCAGCAAAAUAAGGACAAGAUGAAGACCAGGUUGUUGCUCUGCCUGCUGCUGGCCGUGGCAGCCGCGGAUCCCGCGGUUUAUUUUCAGGAGGACUUUUCUGACGGAGAUGCCUGGACACAAAGAUGGACUGAAUCAAAGCACAAAUCUGACUAUGGAAAGUUCAAGCUGACUGCUGGCAAAUUCUUUGGUGAUGCAGAGAAAGAUAAAGGGCUCCAGACGAGUGAGGAUGCCAGAUUCUAUGCAUUGUCUGCAAGGUUUGACCCCUUCAGCAAUGAAGGGAAGACCCUUGUCAUCCAAUUUACAGUUAAGCAUGAACAGACCAUUGACUGUGGAGGAGGCUAUGUCAAGAUCUUCCCAUCAGACCUUGACCAAUCUGAUAUGCAUGGAGAUUCUAACUACAAUAUUAUGUUUGGCCCUGACAUCUGUGGCCCAGGAACAAAAAAAGUCCAUGUCAUUUUCAAUUACAAGGGAAAGAAUCACUUGAUAUCCAAGGAUGUUCGUUGCAAGGAUGAUGAAUUUACACAUCUCUAUACCCUCAUCAUCCGUCCUGACAAUACUUAUGAAGUAAAAAUUGACAACCAGAAAGUUGAAUCAGGUAGCUUGGAAGAAGACUGGGAUUUCCUCCCACCAAAGAAGAUUAAAGAUCCAGAGGCCAAGAAACCAGAGGACUGGGAUGAACGUGCUAAGAUUGAUGAUCCCAAUGAUGUAAAACCUGAGGACUGGGAUAAACCAGAGCAUAUUCCAGACCCUGAUGCUAAGAAACCUGAAGACUGGGAUGAUGAGAUGGAUGGUGAAUGGGAGCCCCCUAUGAUUCAGAACCCUGAUUACAAGGGUGAAUGGAAGCCAGUGCAGAUUGAUAAUCCAGAUUACAAAGGAAAAUGGAUUCAUCCUGAAAUUGAUAAUCCAGAAUAUACUCCAGAUGCCAACCUUUACAGCUACAAGGAUAUUGGUGUGAUUGGCCUAGACUUGUGGCAGGUCAAAUCUGGAACAAUAUUUGAUAACUUCCUGAUCACAGAUGAUGAAAAAUAUGCUGAAAAAGUUGGAAAGGAAACCUGGGGAGCCACCAAAGAUCCUGAAAAGAAAAUGAAGGAGCAACAGGAUGAGGAGGAGAGGAAGAAGCGGGAGGAAGAGGAGAAGAAAGACAAGGAGGAUGAUGAGGGUGAUGAAGAGGAUGAGGAAGAGGAUGAAGAAGAUAAGGAAGAAAAAGAGGAAGAUGAGGAAGAUGAGGAGGAAACGGGAGCUGCUCCUAAAGAUGAGUUAUAAAGAUUGUAAUAUAAUGUUGGGAGAAUAAAUGGCAGCAGGGCAAUGUACAGAAGAACCUUUACACAAAGCAAUUGGGACCCCUUAUUGGAAUGUACUUUUUUGUUUACAAAAAGUUAGAAAAAUGUGGCUUAGGUUCUUUAGUUUGGGCUAGGAGGAAAGGGACAGAAUUAAUUCCUGUUUAAAAAUGCAUCCACAGAAGGGACUGCUGAUCUACAUGCCGAGUACUCAAUUACAGUCUCUUGGUGUUGCCUUCAUAAUGUGGGUUGGGGAAAGCAGAAGAAAUCUAAUCUGAAAGUGGAACUGGAGACCGACUUGUGCACUGACAACAUCACCCAGACUGUUUGCAGUGAAGUAGCCACAUUAAGCCUGGAAGUCAACUGAGCAUCACUCAUCAAUACAGGCUUUCAUCAAUAUCCUUCUCUGCUGUUUUAACAAAGGACUUUUCAUUUUAGUUUUCCUUUUGGGUCAAUCCCUCAGUAAAAAUUGGUACCAGCCCUUAAGUAUUCAUGUACUUGCAGUAACUUCAGGCUUGGUUGGGUUUCCAUGCUGUUGGGUUAACUGGUUUCGAUGUAUCUCGUACACUGAAGUGUAUUUAAGCCUAUCUGAAAUUUUGCAGUUGAUGCCUGUUAAUUUUCCAGGGAGCACUGGUUUAGACUUAAUCACUUGGAUUUGCAAACAAUUAAAUCUGGUGAUGGGGAUUUUGCAUAAAAUGGGAAUGAUCUGAAUUCAAUUUGAACAUUUUCACUUCCAUCAGGGGUUUUCCCAUUAAUGGGCUUCAACUGUAAGUGUAAUUGUACAACUGUCUUUGCUCAUUUUGAACAAUUUGGUCUCACAGGUUGUACACAUGGAUAUUUUUGGCUCUUUCCAAAUCCAGGGUCUACUUUGUAUUUUGCAUUCUUUAUAUAGGGGUUUCAAGAGGAGGAAUCUUUAUUUCCAAACAAAUUCAAAACAGAACUUAAUUUCUGUACAGAUAAGACUAAAGUUUGUCAUUUUAAUCUGUUAUUUAAAUGUUGUAAAUUGGUGAUUUAAUCAAUGACCGUGUUUUUGGAAAACUUAAGUUCUGUGUGCAAUACAGAUACAUUUGAUCACAUUUCUACAAUAAAUACCAAAUGGAAGUGA